UUCAUAUAUUCAACCCCUUUGUCUAAAAAAAAAAAUAUUCAAUCCUGCAAUCAAAUCAGUCACGAAAUAAACAUUACUUGUCGCAUAAGGAGAAUGAAGCUGAGCCACGAAAAUGUUAAUUUUUAAAUCUAUACGAUGCCGGUACUUUCGCAUAAAAACCAGUUUCCCUGUGGAUAAGCGUGAGCACUGACUCCCUUCAGUGAGAGUGGUACCGGACAGUCUCUUCGGUGCGAUGAAUUCGAUCCGUGGAGAGGGCGAAAGAUGGUACCACGCGAGGUCGGACUAGUCGCGAACCGGUGGCAGAGACGGGCAUGGACACUAAGACACCGCCGAUCCCGUUGAAGGUCCAGGAGAAGCCUAAACCGAAGCAGCAAGAGACGGUGGCCGACGUGUCCCUGCCCCCGCUGACACCUUACAGAAAUCAUCGGCAGAAGCAGAGAACGACCGGGAGCCAAUGGUCGCGUGAUGCGCCCAGCGCCGUACGGUAUCAGGAUCAUCAGAAAAAAAGGCCUUACAGAGUGCUGCAAAUCGGCGCAACGCCCUUGAUGCACGCUUGCCAACAGGGUGACAGAGCAAGGGUCCUGAGACUGCUCAAAGAGCAAGAGGAGACGAUAGGGUACAGAGAUCGCACUCUGAGGAACACGCUUCAUUACUGCAUGGACGCAGGAACCGGAGGUGCCGUUGCCGCUGCGGCACCGGAACUAGUGAAUGCGCCCGACGCCGAGGGGCACACGCCUCUUCAUUUGGCUGUCAUCGCCGGCGACACACAAUUGGUAGCCGUCUUGCUUGCCAACGGUGCCGACGUGAACGCCAGGGACUUGGAGGGCCACAGCGUUCUUCAUUGGGCAACUGUGUGUGGAGAAGCAGAGUGUGUUCGGCUGGUGCUAGCAGCGGGAGCUCAACCCUCGACGCCUGAUCUCCGCGGGGGAUCUCCUCUUCACUAUGCCGCUCAAUGUUGCGGCGCGGCCGCGACUGCAGAGCUUGCGGUGCCCAAGAAGGUUGGAUUAAAAGUUCUCCAAACCCUCUUGGAAUUCGGUGCCGACGUAAACGCGAAAGACGAAGACGGAAGGCAGCCGAUACUAUGGGCCGCGAGUGCUGGCAGCGUUGAGGCUGUCCUAGCAUUGGCUAGAGCCGGUGGUUCAGCUGCCGCUGGAGCUGCGGACAAGGAUGGUCUCACAGCUCUUCACUGCGCCGCUUCCAGAGGCCACGCCAGGUGCGUGGAAGCUUUGGUGAACCUAUGCGGUGCUCACCCAGACCACGUGGACGAUAAUGGUUGCUCGGCUCUGCAUUAUGCAGCCACUCUUGGGCACGCUGACGCCACGGCUCUAAUUCUGAAACUAGGGGCUGAUCCCAAUCGACAGGAUCGAAAGGGUAGAACCCCUGCCCUUUGCGCAGCAGCCAAGGGUCAACUGGAGACCCUGAAGAUCCUGGCCCAGCACGGAGGUUCCCUUUACGCGAGGACUGUCCGUGGCACAGGUGUAGCUCACGAGGCUGUAGCUUCUGGUAGAAUCGAGCUGAUAAAAUGGCUGGCGAAGAAGCGUCCAGGGACAUUGGACGUUGCCACGCACGACGGGAAGACACCUUUGCACGUGGCGGCUCUUCAUGGUCAUCUAGACGUCUGCAAGGUCCUCUUGGACAAUGGCGCGAGGAUCAACGCUGUCCUUCGAACCAGCAAGGGCAAUAUUAUGACUGCACUGGAUACUGCCCUGUAUAGAGGGCACAGAGACUGCGCGAAGUUGAUUCAAAUGCACGGUGGGACUACUGCCCAGCAGUUGAAGAUGCAGAAAAUUGGACCGAACAAAGUGUUCGCAGCGAGAUUGCAAAUGAGACACGUGGAUAGUAGCACCGACACCGAAAGCAGCCCUCGUAGACGAGGUCGUGGCUUGAAACUUCCGGAGCUCUACUACGAGGAGCAAUGGAUCGAGAAAAGAACACGAAGAAGGGGAAAUUUGAAGAAACUUGUUCGUCAGGAUAGUCGAAGUUUUAGCGAGGAAGAAGUAAGAAUGUCGAAGACAUCUUUAAAGAAGGAUCAUCAAAGGAGAGCUCGAAGUGAAUCGGCAAGAUAUGACGAAGACGACACGGACCGUAAAUUAAGAAGAAAGAGAAGUAAAAAGAGGUCGACGAGAUCCAAGCGAAACUCCAGCGAUUCCUCGGUAGACUCGGAGCGUUGCGAACGCGUCGAAGAUCACUCGAAAGAAAGGUCAGAAACGCGAAGAGAAGAGAGUAAAACGGACAAGAGUAAUGGAACGGAAGAUAAAGAGGACUCGAAGAAGGACGACGAAGAGGACGAAAGCGUAAGCGACGACAGUCUGGAAAUGGUGGUAGUAAAGAGAUCCGUGGAAAAGAAGUGUGAAAAGGUGGUGUCUGGAAGAAGAUCAAAGACACCCAGGGAGAGUUCCAAGGAGACCAAAUUUACGAAGACGCAAAGGAGCACCAGAAGAAAGCUGAAGUCGAACAGAUCAAAAUCUUCCAACAAUGGCGAUAGUACGACAGAUCGAAUGCAAUCCUCGGACAAAGGACAAGGGACGAAGGAGUCCGAAUCUCACGAACGAGAGACCCCGAGGACCUCGAUUGACGAAGACAAGAACAAGGAAAGCCCAGGGAAGAUAAUCGAGAGUCGAUACAGGAAGGACGUAACCGACAGCACCAGCCAGGAAACCGUCGAACGAGUCGUUGUGACGGCUGUGGUUCACAAGGAUCAACCUCCUGACACGCCCAAGAUGGUGCUAGAGAGCACCAAGGAAGUGACCUUCGACGACAGGCUGAGAACGGAGGUGAUAGAGGCCGAAGUGGUCUCCAGAGACGCUGGCGCGAGCAAAGUUGACGAUAUAGUUGAGCAAACUGGCGAAUCGCGCAGCAAUCUUGUAACAAAGGCGGCCAGCUUGAGGAAAGAUGUCGAAGAAAUGAGGCAGCAAGUUACUCAAGAGAGGACUCAACGCCAGGAUAGAAGACGGAGCCUCCACGAAGGAGAUCUUGCAUCUGCGAAACAAAGGCGAGAUGAAGAAGACGCGAGGCAGAGACAGGGCGAAAAGGUGUCCAGAAAAGAUCACGGUAAAGGAGAAGCAAGGACGGAUGAAAGUGGAAAAGAUAAGACAUCUUCUACCGAGGAAACGGAAAGCAGGAGACAGGAAGGAGUAGAUGAAACAGGCAGGUUAGACGCACACGCGGCAACCGAGUCGGAAGUUUCCACGCUGGAUUCUCGAAAACAGAAUCAACGACUCCAGAGUCAGCCGGAAGGCGAUUCUGCUUCCAAAUCCGAAUCAACGACAUCCCAAGCUGACGAGACUCUCGACAAAGUGUUCCACGAAGAUAAAACAGACGCAUCCGAACGUACUUCCAAAGAGGAAUACGACGAGUCAGAGGAAAGGAGUAAAUCGGAGAGUUCUAAGGAUGAAAGAAAAACUCAGAAGGAAGUCACCACGCCGAGAACCGCUGUAGAGGACAUUCCGCCGUCGGAGGAGGAAGAUAAAAAGCCAACGCCGAGGGAAACCGAGAGUAAAUCUAAAACUGAACCAGGAACCAUCAGGAGGAAGCCAUCGAUCGAUGAAAAGAAAUCUAAAUCGUCCUCGAGACAAUCUAGCAGCAGUGCCAGUCCGUCGAAGAGCGCUGGAGGUCGGAAGAGGAGGGAAUUCGGUAAAAAACGGGAGUCCUCCACGAAAAAGGUGUCGACAAAAUCGACAGAGAAGACAAGUAAGGACGCCGAGAUGGAGGCACCAAAGGCGCAGGAUGCUGACAAAGAAGUCACAGGAAGUACAAUGAAGAAUACGAGUAUUCUAGUGGAAAGCUCGAGCAAGGAGUCGCCAGAUGAUAAGGAACAAGCGGAUUCAGCUCGAGGGAAGUCUGUGGAGUUCUCUUCGGCAUCGAGGGACUCUGCCCUGAUGGAAGAGGGCGACGACAGAUCCCUAAGCGUCGAUACACCAGUCGCUACUAAAAGAAAACUGUCUGGUGAAGAGGAAGCUGUCAAAGACACAUCUCCCGCGAAGUCCAAUCUAGAUGAUCAGACGGAGAGUGAAGACGCAAAGAAGAGCAAAAAACGUUCCGUCGAGGACGCGUUGACGGGAGAAAAGGAGAGCUUCCGGUACAUUGACGAAAGCUCGUCGAGUUCUCCCAAAUCAGCACAGGCGAGACGAUCGAGGCCCUCGACAGGAAAGGCUAGGCAUGGGAGAUCGUCCUCCAGAGCAUCAGCGAAGAAGAGUUUAUUCGAGAGUUCGGAAGAACGGUCACCCGAUAGGAGCGCCAUAGUCGCGGUCAUCGAGAGCCCAGAGUGGGACGACGAGGACGAAGAGAUAGCAAAAGAAAUCCGAGAAGCGAUCGGAGAGGAUGAUGAGCACGAGACAGAGCCUGAAGAGGACAAUGAAAUAGGAGUUGUGAGAGUACUGCCCAGUACGAGCGAGGAAGAGACAUCUCGAACGGGCCCUGAUGUCCGUAGAGCAUCCAUUACUGACUCGUUGCCUCAAGUACAGCCCACUCGUACUCGUUUGACGCGAAUCCAAAGUCCUCAGGAGAGCAGGACUAACCGAUUGCUAGGGAAACAGCGCCGUGACAGUGGCGGUAGGGACAGCGGUAUCGAGCCCAGCCCAAGAGUGUCGAGGAUACCAAGACGAAGGAUCAUGAAGUGUUGCCCCAACACCGAGAAACAGCAAUCUCUGAAUAUGGACACCAUCACCAGGGACGUGCAGAUCAGUUUACGACGAUACCACCUGGAAAGGAAGAUAUUUUUUCAGUUGAUGGAACUGAAGAGAUUACAAAUACGUCAUGGCAGGGCGAACGAGCAAGUUCUAGUCAAGAGACAGGUGGACGCUUUCCAUAAAGCGGGAAUGGCUGGACCAACCCUGGGCGUGGCGAAGUACGAUCAACCCUUGACAUUCAGACACUUCGAGGCCUUUCUGUACGAUCAGCUCAGAAAACUCCAAAGAAGACCAGCCACUCCAGACUUUUGCACCGAGGCGAAGCAGUGUACCCAGAAAACUCAUCGCUGUCAUCACGCAACAAGUGCUUACACGUCGUUUCCUGCGUACACAUAUCUAGGUGGGAGCGUCCAAGAACAAGGGGAUCUUCUUCCGAAGAUUGAGAGUCGUGGAAAAGGACAAAUGACGGUGGAAGUAACUCAUGGGGAGGAGAAGCAGAUAAUAGCUCUUCCUGCUGAAAGACUGGAUCGUACCAAAAAAUAUUACGUCACGUUCACUGUCAAAGGGGAAGCACACGAAACGGAAAAGCCUAAAUCGUCGACCGGUGUUCAAAGAAAUGCCAAAAGCGUUUAAGUAGUCUACGAUAUUGGCUGCAUUCUUCGACUCGCUUGAUAAAAUACCAAGAACGUCUCUAUCCUUUUCUACAUCGUUUUCUAUUCUUUCUCCGCGACGUAAUAAUUAUACAUUAACAGCAGCAGCUGAGUUACGUCGAUUUUUCUACGGAAUUUAAUGUAAAUUAGUUUCACGAUAUCUUACGUUUCUUGUAAACCGAUGUGUUUACCAAAAAGAAAAAAAAAAAUUACCAUUUGAAAACUGCCAGAGAAAAGUUUGUGUAUAAAUUGAAUGUAUUCUCUAAAAUGUAUUCUCUAUAAAUAUAACCGCCCCUUGUAAUCUAUCGUUGCGAAUAAUGAGUUACGUCGAAGCGUUUUAUACAUGAAAUCUCAUUGACAAUUUGUCAGAAUUAGAAUCGUGUAUUAUUGCGCCGGAGAAAAAUUGAGCAAUAACAUUAGAAAAAUGAACAAUUUUGUAUAAUAGUUUGAUUUACUUGGAUCGACGUUUGUUUCUAAGUCCUGCGAUUUUUCUUGUAAACUGUGCGCUGCCUUUUUCUGAGAAAUUUAGAAUUACUACUUUAUCGUACUUGUACAAUAAAAAAAAAAAAAAAAGAAAAACAUUUCGGUCUUGCAAAAGCAGGGACCAUAUGGCAAUUAACGCAUACAUUUACUGUAUAUUUGUGUAAAGAGAACCGCUACACGUGACGUGUAUGUAAUUCUGUGUAAAAUAAACAAUUAAUAAAUAAAUA